AUGAACAUGCAGCAAGUGAAGCUGGCUGCUCACAGGUGGAGUGAGGGACACCCAAUCGGGCGGCUUGUGGUGGAGGAGAUGGUGACAGUUGAGGAAGCGGAGAGGAGGUUGAAGGGGGUUGAGGAGGGGGGCUUCUGGGCGCCUAUGUCCUGCGAGGCGAGGUGGAGGGUGGCUGUUAUUGUGCCCUACCGCGACAGAGCUGAACAGCUGGGUGCGUUCCUCAACCACAUGCACCCCUUCCUCCAGCGCCAGCAGCUCAACUAUUCCAUAUACAUCGUUGAGCAAGCCGGCACCGAUCUCUUCAACCGGGCCCGCCUGCUCAACGUGGGGUUCCUGAAGGCGCGUCAGGAGGGCCCAUGGGACUGCUACGCCUUUCACGACAUCGACAUGCUGCCACUCAACGAUUACCACCUCUACCACUGCUCGCCACAGCCCCGCCACCUCGCCGUCAGCCCCUCCAGCCACAAUUACAAGUCCGCCCACCACAUGCCCUACGACAAGUACUUCGGCGGGGCGUGCCUGAUGACGGAGGGGCACCUUAGGAGGGUCAACGGCUGGAGCAACGCCUAUUGGGGCUGGGGGGGCGAGGAUGAUGACAUGUGGCGGCGGAUAAGGCUCACCGAUAUGUCAGUGUGGCGCUACCCGGCUCACUUUGCCUCCUACAAGAUGAUCACCCACAAGCCGCAGACCAUCAACCCGGAGAGGUACAAGGUGCUGGAACGGAACACGGGUCGAUACGUACAAGACGGGCUCAGCAACCUCAACUACACGAUCAUGAAGACGCAGAGGCGGCCGCUGUACACACACAUACUGGCCGAUAUAGGGACCAGUGUGGCUCCGGCGGGGAAGAACAAGAGCAAGGGUGGGAGAUGAUG